AUCAAACUUGCAUUUGGCCGUUCCACGUUUCGUCAUGGCCAAAGGUAAGGGGAAGCGCUCCUCGGGAGCGAAUAAUGCGAUUCCUGACGGUGGUGUCUCUGUGAACGACUCCAACGCCGGUGCCGAUGCUUUCCCUCAGCUGGAGGAGAGUGCAUUUGCCGGCUUGCGACAGAAGAUCGAACAGCGACUGAAAGACCAGAGCGCCUCCAAGCAGAAGCCGAAGAACAACAAGGGAAAGGCUACUACCGACGACACACCGAAGAAGAACGAUGCGCCGAAGCCGGGGCCAAAGCAGGGUUCCACCAACGACAAGAACAACAAAGGCAAGAAACGCGACCGCAACGGCGAGGUAAUUUCGAGGGAAGAGAAGGCUAUCUCAAAAGGCAAGCAGCCGACAUCAAAAAAGGAGAACCAGGAUGAUGUUCUCCGGCAAGAAAUCCUGGCCCUCGGAGGCACCGAGGACGAUUUGAAUCUGCUCGCUGGGAUUGGUUCGGACUCCGAGGUUGAGGAUGCUGCAGAGAAGAAACCGAAGAACAAGUCUGACGAGGCUUCUCUCAGAAAGGAGCUGUCGAGUAUGUUGGCUGCCGCAGGUCAGGUUGUCCCAGAUGACUUGGAGGACGACGAAGUAGAGGAGGAGGAAGAGGAGGAUGAAGAGGAGGAGGAAGAAGAAGCGGCAAGCGACGAAGAUGACGUUGAAGACGAGGAGGACGUCGACGAGGGGGUAGAUGAUGUUUUGGAUGAUGAAGUCUCCGAGGAAGAGUCUCCAGCUCCCGCGCCAGCCCCGAAAGACACCAAAGAAUCGGCCAAGAAAGAAAAAGCCAAAGCGACCGCCCCCGAUGUUGUUUUCCCCAAGGAAUUCUCCAAACUCGCUGUCCUGCCCAGAUCCGAUUGGUACAUGACUGAAUUGCCUUCCAUCCCGACAGCACAAGCAAAGUCGUUACCUCGCCAUGUGGUGGAUCGCUUCUACAACUACGCCGUGUCGCUCCUUGAGAAGGAAAACAAGAUGUACGCUGAAGCGCAGCAGGCUUCUGCAUCUUCGUCGCACAAGUUCUACAGCACGAUCAUGUCCACCGGUACACUCAGUGAUAAGACCUCUGCCUUGACUCUUGCUGUACAAGAAUCGCCUCUCCAUAACACCAAGGCACUGGAGAACCUCAUUGCCCUCGGAAAGAAGCGCAGUCGUGCUCAGGCUGUGGAAGUUCUUAGAUCACUGAAGGAUAUGUUUGCCCAAGGAACGUUGCUUCCUAGCGACCGGAGACUGCGGGCUUUUGCCAACCAGCCAUCUCUUGUUGCUGCGUUGCAAGGAGCAGGUAGCAAGUGGUCCGAAGGAGACGCUCUUCCCGGAGGCCUUAAGAACAGCCACUUGAUCUUCUGGGCAUAUGAACACUUCUUGAAGGAUCAGUUUUUCGAGGUCCUUAAGAUCCUGGAAGUCUGGUGCAAUGAUGAGAUUGAGUUUUCUCGCUCCAGAGCUGUCAGUUAUGUCUAUGAACUCCUUAAGGAAAAGCCAGAGCAGGAAACGAAUCUUCUGCGGCUGUUAGUCAACAAGCUCGGAGAUACGUCCAAGAAGAUCGCCUCGCGGGCGUCUUACCUGCUCCUGCAACUUGAGCAGGCGCAUCCUCUGAUGAAGCCCACCAUCAUCAGUGCCGUUGAGGAAGUUCUUUUCCGCCCUGGUCAAAGUCAACACGCCAAAUACUAUGCCGUUAUCACCCUGAACCAGACGGUCUUGAGUCUCAAGGAGGAAAGCGUUGCAUUGAAGUUGCUUGACAUCUACUUUUCGAUCUUCGUGGCUCUUUUGAAGCCUAACAAGGAUACAAAGGGCAGGAAGAAUGGGAAGUUCGGCAACAAGCACAACAAGGGCAAGGGCAAGGAUGACGCUGCCAAGGGUCUGGCCCAGACGGAAGAGGUGCGGGAUAAACUGACUUCUGCGGUCCUGACUGGUGUCAACCGAUCGUACCCAUUUACGAGCUCGGACACCGAACGUCUCUCCAAGCACAUUGAUACACUUUUCCGCAUCACGCACUCCGCAAACUUCAACACUAGCAUCCAGGCACUCAUGCUGAUCCAGCAAUUGACUUCCUCUCACCAAGUUGGCGCUGAUCGCUUCUACCGGACGUUGUACGAGUCUCUGCUCGACCCACGGGUUGCUACAUCGUCCAAGCAGUCACUGUAUCUCAACCUUUUGUUCAAGGCACUGAAAAAUGAUUUGAACACUCGUCGUGUUAAGGCAUUCGUGAAGCGUAUCAUCCAGGUCCUUGGACUGCAUCAACCUGCCUUCAUCUGCGGUGUAUUCUAUUUGAUCCGCGAGUUGGAGAAAACGUUCCCGGAUCUUGCUUCUUUGUUUGACCAACCAGAAGAGAACGAUAGCGACGACGAGGAGGUGUUCCGAGAUGUUCCUGAUGAGGAUGACGAGCCGCAGGAGCAACCCGAAGCCCCAAAACAGAAGAAGCCCUCCACUCAAUACGACCCCCGCAAGAGAGAUCCCGAGCACAGCAAUGCGGAUAGGACGUGCCUGUGGGAGCUGCUACCUUACCUGUCUCACUUCCACCCGUCCGUGUCCGUAAACGCGGCUCAUCUGCUCGACCACAAGCCUAUGUCCGGACAGCCCGACAUGACUUUGCACACGUUGUCUCACUUCCUUGACCGUUUCGUCUACCGUACACCCAAGGCCUCUGCACUUACCCGUGGCUCUUCCAUCAUGCAACCUCUUGCAGGCAGCGAGGCCAAGGAUCGGUUGGUUACAGCGGGCAAGCAGAGCCAGCAUCUCUUUCUCAACUCGGAGGCGUUCUGGAAGAAGAAGACCGAGGACGUCGCCGCGGAGGAUGUCUUCUUCCACGAGUACUUUAACCGGAUCGGAAAGGGUCAAGACAAUGAGAAGGCUAAGAAGACGACCAAGGAUGCUGAGGAAAACGAGGAUGACGGCGAAGAAGUCAGUGAUGCCGAGUCCGAGAUCUGGAAAGCGCUGGUUGAUUCACGGCCCGAGCUGGAAGCCGGCAGUGACGAUGAUGAUCUCGACAUGGAUGAUCUCGAGUCCGCAUAUGACCAGUCCGAGGAAGAAGACGAAGAGGGUGGUGACAGUGAAGUCGAACUCAAUCUCGACUCGGAUGACGAGAUGGAGGACGUCGAAGAGGCCGGAGUCUCUGAUGUUGAGGAACCUCCUACCAAGACCAAGGCCAAGAAGGCCAAGGCAGCCAAGGAAGAGGAACCGUCUGACGAUGAAGAUCCGUUCGACAUGGACGUCUCGGAUGCCGAAGCCUUCGUUGACAGUGACGAGGAACUGCCAUCCGACGUGGAACUCGGAGUUGCUGACGAGUCUCCGAAGGAUGACAAGCAAUCUGAGCGGAAGAAGAGACGCAAGCUCAAGCAUCUGCCCACAUUUGCCUCUGCGGACGACUAUGCGGCCCUGCUGGCCGGGGAGGACGAGGGAAUGUGAAAUCGGAUCCUGUCCUUAUCUAUUUUAUAUUGCAGAUACCACAAAAAGCAUGUUACCCUCUGGUUUGGAG